AUGUUUUCCCGAUUCUCCACGAUAUGAGAUUCGAGAUGCGCGCCAUUGGUCUCAAAACAAUGGACGCCGUUCCAGUGGACUAUAAAAAACGCAUCUGGGUUCGAGAGCUGUUGCGUUUUGGGCACUGAAAUGGCAAUGGAGAAGAAGGUUUUUGAUUCAGAGGAAGAUUUGGCUGUUUCUCUAGCCAAAUACAUCGCCGAUUUGUCCGCCCACUUCGCUAAGAACAGGGGUCUUUUCACCGUGGUUCUCUCCGGUGGAUGUUUGAUCGAAUGCCUCAGGAAAUUGGUGGAACCACCGUAUGUUGAUUCCAUAGAUUGGUCGAUAUGGCACAUAUUUUGGCUUGAUGAGAGGGUUGUACCCAAGACUCAUGUUGAUAGCAACUACAAACUUGCUUAUGAUGGUUUUCUCUCUAAGGUUCCCAUACCUCCUGAUAACGUGUAUGCUAUCGACGACACACUAUCAGCAGAGGGUGCAGCAGAAGAGUACGAAGCUCGUCUGAAGCACUUGGUGAGUAGCAAAGUGAUUGAUAUCUCAUCCAAAAGCGGGUUUCCAAAAUUUGACCUGAAUCUUCUUGGAAUGGGACCAGACGGGCAUGUGGCUUCCUUAUUCCCAGCUCACCCGCUUCUGAAAGAGAACGAAAAAUGGGUUACCUUCAUCAAGGACUCUCCCAAGCCGCCGCCAGAGCGAAUCACUUUAACCUUCCCAGUUAUCAACUCAUCGGACUACAUUGCUCUCGUGGUGCCUGGCGCCGCCCAAGCAGAUGCCGUGGGCGUUGCGUUAGGAGGAGGAAGUGGUCAGAAUGGUGAAGCAUUGCUGCCUGUUCAGAGGGUCGCUGCUGAAGGCGUCCUGACAUGGUUCUUGGACAAGGAGGCUGCUUCCAAGCUGUAAUGUAAGAAGAGAUGUGUUCAUCAGCUCCGUUUUGCUUAUGUUAAGCAUAUGAAUAAAAGAGUUGUAUAAGUAUGUUAACAAUUGAAUGUAGUUUGAUGUAGGGCAAGAAUAAACAAAGAUCAAAAUCUUUGUAUUCGAUAGCUUCUUCGUGCUUAGAAAAAGUGUUUUUGAGAGU